AUGGCUUCUACAACAGACCCAACAGUUGCUCUCCCGACCGCGACGGACACUGACGACGACGAUGAUGACGACGAUGUCAUCUCUUCACUGCUCCCCAGUCAACCACCAGCUGCCACACCACCUCCUGCUCAGCCAACAGCAGCUCCUGUUCCCACUCCAUCACUCGUCGAAACUGCCAUACCUGGUGCCCCAAGUGCAGCUCCUGCUCCUACAGCAAUACCCGCUCCGGCGCCAGCCGAUCCACCAGCUUCGGCCAGUGCCAGCACCUCUAACAGCAUAUUGCCAUCUUCGGCGACUGAGCAUGCAGACAGUCUGCCUAGUAGCUCGCCAACAGCUUUACGUCCAGACGAUCCUGCGAAUGAUGUUGGUGGAGGCGGAAUAAGUGCUGGCGCAUCGGCGGGGAUUGGUGUCGGUGUAGCUCUAAUGGUCUGUCUCGUAGCGUUUGGCAUGUGGUUCUUCCUGCGACGGCACAAGGUGCGGAGAACCAAGACACAGUCGACAUCGGGCCAUAGCACCGACGAAGAGCAUGCUCAGAAAGCCCAGAAGUCGGAGGUCUAUGCGUAUCGCGCAGGCGGACCAGCGGAAGUUCCAGGCGAUGAGAAGCCGAGACGGUGGAGCGAGCUGGAGAGCCCAACGUAUGUCACUGAGGUGGGUGAUGGGCAGGUGAUUCGUGCCGAGCUUCCAGGGUCUACAGUGCCAAUGGCGACGACUGGGAAGGAAGUGGAUGAUCGAUUGUUCACGGAUCCGCCCAUCGAUGAGGUUGACGAGCCGGUCGAUGUGCAUGAGACGGCGAUAGACAAGAAGGACGAGAGGUUGUUCUCCGAUCCUCCCAUUGACGACGCUAUCGAUAUGCUCGAUGCUGAGCCAAGAGAGUUGGAGAAGCAGAGUGGAUGA